AUGGCGAACGCAAACUAUGAGACCGAUAGACAGGACAUAAAGAAGUUCUUCCUGGAGUACAAGGACCACAUCCUCGACGACGACGCGCCGAAGUACAUGACCAUGCUCGAGGACAUCGCGAAGCGCGCGAGGAAGACGCUGGAGAUCGACAUGUUCGACGUUUCGCAGCACUUUUCGAUGGAGAGCGACGUGUACGUCGGGUUCCGCUCCAACACGAAGCGCUACAUUGAUCUGGCCAGCACCGCGGCGGACGAGGUCAUCCGCGAGAACUUCCACCAGGAGUGGGACGAGCGCGACCCGCUCGACGUGCUCGUCCGGCAGCUUCUGCAGCGGCAGGAGGAGGCCGCGGCCCAGCGCGCGGAGAGCGGCGCGGCGCCGGGCGGUGCGGCGGAGCUGCGGCCUGCGCUGACGCGGCGGUACGAGGUGACGGUGGUGCCGGCGCCCGGGGACGAGUGCAUCCCCGUGCGGGAGGUGCGCGCGCAGCACAUCGGCGGGCUCGUGAGCGUGAAGGCGAUCGUCACCAAGGUCGGCGACGUGCGCCCGCUCAUCCGCGUCGCCACCUACCUCUGCACCGAGUCAGGGUCCGACACCCCCAUCUUCCAGGAAAUCCCCUCGCGGACCUUCCUCCCACAGACGGAGCCGCCGCCGGAGUACAAGAAGGAGGGCGUGAAGGGCCCGCUGACGCUGAUGACGCGCGGGUCGCGGUUCGUGAAGUUCCAGGAGGUGCGCGUGCAGGAGCUGAGCGAGCAGGUGCCGAUGGGGCACAUCCCGCGCACGAUGACGGUGCGGCUGUUCGGGGAGCUCACGCGGACGGUGCGGCCGGGCGACGUCGCGGUGGUGACGGGGAUGCUGUUGACGGAGCCGUACACGGGCGUGAAGGGCAUGCGCGCGGGCCUGGUGCACAACUCGUACCUGCACGGGCUGCACGUGCGCAAGCAGAAGCAGUCGUACGAGGAGAUCUCGCACGAGACGAACGACGACGACUCGAUCGUCCGCAAGGUCCUGGCCGAGGCGCAGCGCGACGGCGUGGACCCGUACGAGAAGCUGGCGCGGUCGAUCGCGCCGGAGAUCUACGGGCACCUGGACGUGAAGAAGGCGCUGCUGCUGUGCCUGGUCGGGGGCGUGACGCGGAAGAUGGGCGACGGGAUGAAGGUCCGCGGGGACCUGCACAUGUGCCUCAUGGGCGACCCGGGCGUGGCCAAGUCGCAGCUGCUCAAGUUCGUGUCGACGGUGGCGCCGCGCGCGGUCUACACCAACGGGCGCGGGUCGUCGGGCGUGGGGCUCACGGCGGCGGUGACGAAGGACCCGCACACGUCGGAGAUGGUCCUCGAGGGCGGCGCACUCGUCCUGGCGGACCGGGGGGUGUGUUGCAUCGACGAGUUCGACAAGAUGGACGAGACCGACCGGACGGCGAUCCACGAGGUGAUGGAGCAGCAGACGGUGUCGAUCGCCAAGGCGGGGAUCACGACGACGCUGAACGCGCGCACGACGAUCCUGGCCGCGGCCAACCCGGCGUGGGGGCGGUACGACCUGCGGCGGUCCCCCGGGGAGAACAUCAACCUCCCCGCGUCGCUGCUGUCGCGGUUCGACUUCAUGUGGCUGAUGCUGGACCGCGCGGACGAGGACGCGGACCUCGAGCUCGCGCAGCACGUGCUGCACGUGCACCGCCACCGCGAGGCCCCCGACACCAGCCACAUCAACCCCCUGUCGCCGGAGGACCUCCGCCGGUACAUCAGCGUCUGCCGGACGCGCGAGCCGACCUUCCCGACGGGCGACCUCGUCAGCAAGAUGGCCGCGACGUACAGCAGCAUGCGGCAGGAGAACCAGGGCCGCGGCAAGGAGUACGUCACUGCGCGCACCCUGCUCUCCAUCCUGCGCAUGGCGCAGGCCUCGGCGCGCAUCCGCCUCUCGGACGAGAUCUCCGACGCGGACAUCAACGAGGCCAUCCGCCUCACGAUCGCGUCGAAGGCCACGCUGCACGCCGACGCGCGUGCCGCACGCGCCGACGACACGGACCCCGUGUCCGCCAUCUACCAGAUCAUCCGCGAGCACGCGGUCGCGCACUGGGAGGAGGUCGAGGCGCACGGGAUGAGCUACGACGAGGUCCUGCGCAUGGUCGUUGGGCGCGACUUCCGGCAGGAGCAGCUCGACGUGUGUCUCGAGGAGUACGAGGCGAUCCAGGUGUGGCAGCGGCAGGAGGACGGGCGCAUCACGUGGACGGUACCCGGGCACGCGUACUAG